AUGGAUCAGAUUGAUGGUGUGCACUUUAUUUUCUCUCUGAUACUAACCACCAUUGCCAUUCGAGCUGACGAGACCACAAACUUGUCUCGAAAUGGGAUUUUUGUGGCACCAAUUCACACUUUAACCCUGGAUACUGUCCCGGUGAAGCAUCACCAACGAGGCAAUCUCGGGGACCCUUCUCCCAAAGGACUCCUUAAUGCUACCCGAGCACGAGUGAAACGCCUAGUUCUGUUGCCCAAAGAUGAUUCCCAACUCACGAAGCCGAUUUGCUCCGACGAUUAUUGUUUGGAAUCGGACUACGAUCGGCUAAAACGUCCGGAUCCCGAGGACGGGGGUCCGAUUCGUGUCACAGUGGAGAUGGAGGACAUGCGGAUCAUCGAAGUGGAUGACUCGACUUUCUCGGUCUCCGUCCAAAUGUAUUUGGGUAUCCGAUGGACUGAGCCUCGAAUUCACUACUCGAAAAGUGGCAACACCACAAAAGGCGGUUAUGUUUACGACGGGGCCCAAUAUCUGGACAACGAGUACGAGUACGAAACGUUUUCUCCUGUGGACACCAAGUUCGUCCGACAUCUGUGGGUGCCUGACAUUUAUGUCUAUCAUAUGAAAUAUGGCAGCCGAAUGUUGAAAGACUUUGAUGGACGUCUGCUUCUGCUCAAUGAUCAGGAGGUAUUCUAUCGCCAAGAGCUAAUCGUGACCGUGUGGUGCCCUUUAAGAUUUGAAUUUUAUCCGAUGGAUCACCAGAGCUGCGAGUUCCGCCUAGGGAGCUACUCAUUGACAAACCAAGAGAUGCAAUUCCAACUGAUUGCUCUGGAAUUGGACAAGAAACGCACAAAUCCUGUGUUAGAAUACACCUUCAUUGAGCCCUUCUAUGAGGACCGGAGCAUUGUCUCUGCUAAAGGAAACUUCUCCAUCACCGGAUUCCGUAUGAGGCUCAAACGAAGAUCAUUCCAAUACAUUGUCAACUUCUAUCUGCCUUCGGGACUUUUUGUCGUCGUGUCUUGGACAAGCUUCCUGAUUCCACCUGAUCUGAUUCCUGGUCGAAUGACCCUUCUGGUCACUCUAUUCCUGGUUUUGAUUAACAUCUUCAAUACUGUCAAUAGGAAAUCACCUAAGGUCGAAGGCAUAACCUCUCUGGCCGCCUUUGUAAUUGUUUGCAUCUUGUUCGUUUUCGGAGCGCUUUUCGCCUACGCGUUCAUUUUGCACAAGAAGAAGAAGAGGGGCCUAAAAACGGGAGACUGGAGGAACGGCUCCAUGACGAUUGCCCACCUGUUUCCCAUGCCCUCUUUGGUUCCCUCAAUUGGGAGCAAUGGGCCCAAAGAGGCCUGGAGCUCCAACCGAUCCUCCCAAGACAUCUCGGAACGUUCCACCAACUCUACCGAACCAUCGGUCAAAUCGCCUUGGCCAGAUCAAGGUGACAUGCCUCCGCCUCCAUCUCCCAUUCCUAACAUUCACGGAGCCGUUCCAAUCAACUCAAUCAGUAAAAGGGUCAGUUUGGUGGAACCGUUGCCAGGACCUCGGAACUCGAUUUCUUUAUUAACCAACGCGAUCUUGUUGGCUCGACCAGAAAUGAAGGGCGAUAAGAAACAUGGUGAAGGAUGGUUUGACAAGGAGAUGAAUAGCAUGGAUGGCAUGAUGAUUAUUAUUUUUCCCUUUUCGUUCCUUUUGUUCAAUUUCAUAUAUUGGCCUCUGUUAGUCUUGAACCCUCAGAGCCAGUUUAACUAAGCGUGAGCAAUAUUAUGAGGGAAUGUCUUCAAUCCGGAGCCACUCAACCUAGUUUACGCAUCGGCCAUCUUGUGCUUCAUAUUGAAUCCAUUCUAUCACACUUUUGA